AUGUCCGCAGACCUUUACGCAGCUUUUGGGGCAGCCGCGCCCAUUGAAAGCAAGACACCCAACAACAUCAGCGCCAAAGUCGAUAACAAGACAACGAGCUCUGUCCCUCUAGCGGGAGUACAGACCCAGAGUCUUCCGUCGUUGAACCAGGUCUGGAAUACGCCGCACCGAGAAUCCCAGGAAAAGGUACCUCCGCCGCUUUGGAGACGAGACCUCAAUGGCAAUGACGUCCUCUUUGAUGCCGAAGCACCCGAGGCCGACGAUUUUGGGGAAUUUGAGACGGUAAACGAUGGGAAUGAGGGCGAAGUAUCAGCCGAUACAAACCGCCAUGACCAUUCCCAAAUCCUUGUCCCAGACCUCCUCGGGGAUGACGACCCUGUCCCACAAGCCCCCAUUACAAGCUUCAAACUUACCAGCUCUGAAAUCGGACAAACACCCUUGGUUGAGCAAAGGGGCGAAGAAGCAUUCCAACCAUCCUGGGAUGACGAUUGGGGGGACUUCCAGCAGACCGGAACAGAGCAGGCAAUGGACCCAGAGGGCAGUAGGUCCCGAGCCUUGCAAGAUUCUGUCGCAGUUAUCCCGGUGGAUGGAUGGGAACCAUUUGAGGACGGUCCAUCUACGAAGAAUCAGAUCUCUUCCGCCCCCAAGAUCGCCAUUUCCUCUACUGGGCUGGUCAACACAGCCACAUCGCAGGGGGCCGCCCCAGCACCUGUUUUCGAGCGACCGACCAACAUCCCGCCGCCUUCGUCUCUGCUACAACUCCUGUCAACAGUCUUCCAAACAAUCCACAGUUGGAACGGCAACCAGUCGAAGAUGAAGUCGGAGUUGGCAUCUCAAGUCAUGGUUGUGUUCCGAACGGCAUGCCGUCUCGUGGCCGGAAGAACGUUGCGAUGGAAGCGAGAUACCAUUCUAGCCCAGAGUGUAAGGGUUGGGCAAGCAGGAAAGACCGGCGGAAUGAAGUUGGCAUCACUCAAUAAGAACGAGAGCGCGAAAGAACUGAGGGACUCGGAAGAGAUGAUCCAUGACUGGUCACAAUAUACUCACGAAUUUAAGAGCAUUCUGGCGCAGGCCCACUUACCACCACAUCGAAUAAAGAUUCCAGCAUCACCAUCGAUACAGAUCUUGAAAUAUUCCAGCACGCAAGAGUCGACUAAGCAGUGUGCUCUUUGUGGGCUGAAGAGAACGGAGAGAUUGGCAGAGGUCGACACCGAUAUUGACGAUAUCUUCGGCGAGUUCUGGACCGAGCACUGGGGCCACAAAGAUUGCUACGAUUUCUGGUACACGUACAAGGAUCUGCUAAGCCAUCGUUGA